AUGGCUUCAUUGCUCAACGGCGGCAUUGCUUUUAUAACGGGGGCCGGCUCUGACUCGAGGCUGAAGAAUGAUUCAACUCCAGGAAUCGGCAGAGCCACAGGGAAGCAGUUUGCACACUAUGGAGCAAAAGGCCUAGUGUUGACCGACAUCAAUGAAGCCGGGCUACAGCAGACCAAGGAGGAGAUCCAAGCAAAGUACCCUGCGAUCGAGAUUGAAACGAUCCAGAUGGACGUCACGAACGAGUCGUCCAUCGUAUCAGCCCACAAAGCAGCGGUUGAGCGAUUUGGGCGUAUUGAUUAUGCUGUCAACAACGCGGGUACACCAGGUCAUAUGGUGGCGAGUUCAGAGUCAAGCUUCAGCGAGUUCAAGUUUGGAAUCGACGUUAAUUUAUUCGGUGUCUGGAUGUGUCAGCGCGAGCAGUUAAAGCAGAUGGAGUCUCAGCAGGCCGAUGAAAGGUUCUUCCCCAUCCCCGUUGAUGCCCUCGAACGUAGGGAUGAAACACAAGAGACGGGCGCAAAGGGUUCGAUUGUCAAUCUCUCAUCAAUCUACGGCCACACCUGCGGGAAGAAUACAACUUCUUACUGCGCGGCCAAACAUGCCGUGCUCGGGAUGACGAGAAGCGACGGCGCCAACUACGCGAAAAGCGGCAUCCGAGUCAACGCGGUCUGCCCAGGAUACACGGAUACUCCUAUGCUCCGAAUGCCCGGCGCGGGUCGGUCGGUAGGAAUGGACGAAUAUCUCAGGGUCUGUCCCAUGGGUCGUCUAGGGGAAGCACGAGAGAUCGCGGAUGUCAUCGUCUUUCUGUCCUCUCCCAUGGCUAGCUAUGUGACGGGACAGGAUAUUCCGGUAGACGGCGGCUUCCUCAUCGUCUGA